AUUGUCUCAGUGUGUGUUUUCCAGCUGGUCUGGCUCAGGAGGAGUUGCUUCAGAGACACCGUUGCACUUUUUUUUUCUUACUAUCUUUUGUCUUGUUAGUUUGUCAAACAUGUCUUUUUCUUGCGAUCACUCUCUGGAUGGAAGCUUUCCUCCGUCUCCAGCGGAGGACAGGGUCACAAAGCGCCUGUCCUGGGGCAGUCUGCUGCAGAAGCUGACCGAGCUGAAGGGGAUCAAUCAGAGCACAGUCACAGUAGAUCAGCAGUGCAGCAGGAGUGAAACUGGAUCUGUUGCAGACAUGUCCCUGUCAGAACUAGACAGUAGUUUCUUCUGUUAUCCCCUGGAGGAGACGUUGGCUACAGAGGUUGUCUCAACUAUAUCGCAAUGUCUGCACGAUGCAUCAGACACCCUGGGCUGCUCCAAACUCAUCUUACCUGACUUUUUACUGCACAACAUCAGCCAAGAACUGCUCCACUUGGCUCUAAGUGAACCGUGUGGCCUCAAGGGAGCCCUAAUUGACCUGUGUGUGGACAGAGAAGACCAGGGCCCUCUGUGCUUUGUGGACCAAAUAGCAGUGGAUGCCACCCUGGUCCCAACAUUUCAUGUGACUCUGGUGUUGAGGCUCGAGUCCGGUGGACUGUGGCCUAAAGUUCAGAGGCUCUUCAAGGUUAGCAAGUCACAACAGAUGUCUGCGACAUCUGUAAGACAUCAGAACACUCUGAGGCUGAGUACGAGCUUCAGGGCUAUCAAGAGAAAACUCUAUUGUUCGGGGGAGCUGCUGAUUGAGGAGUGCUGCUGACCAAGCGCUCUUGUCCCUGAUAAGCAGAAUUGAAUUCAUAUAUACCGUGAAGUAUAUAAGUCUUUUAGACAUCGCCAAAGCUCUCAAACGGCACUGACCUAACACAUAGGUGUCUUUGUUGGUGUAUUUCUUGUGAAUCAAGGCCAACUUAUGUCUUAUGGCAGCUACUCACCUGAUUGCAGGUGACUCAACAGGGAAGACUCGUGUUUGAACAUGGGUUUAGUGUGCUUCCUAUGAAUGUGAAUCCCACUGUUUUGAGGGAAUGGCUUUUGUAUUUGACAGUCAAAUAUAACCUUGAAACUUGUGUUUUGUAUUUUCAACGACUUAUGCAAGCAAAUAAAUUAUUUUCUAUAAAAAAA